ACCGUGCUUUUGGAUUUUCUACAUCCUCGUUUUCCUCUCUUCCGCAUUCUAAAGAUUGUCAGGGAAGGAAGCGAAGCGAAGCUGCUCUCAAUUCUCUGCAGUAACCCUAAUUCCCUCCGAAUUUUUUAUCGGAAGGAGAAGUUUCGCCGUCUCCGAUCAAAGAUUUUGAGUCUUCGCCUCAGAUCGGUUUUACCGCACUUCCAGAAUAGUUGGGUGUGUGUUCCUCUUUGGAAGUCAUCACCCUUGAGUUUCAGUCAGGUUUUUUGUCCAAUCAUGUCAGCUAACACUGUGACAAGUAUUUGUAAUGGCAAUGGAAAUGCACAGCCCGUUCCUCAAUGUACUUACCAAAUUGUUGUGGCUGCAACUAGAGAUCUAGGUAUUGGCAAGGACGGGAAAUUACCUUGGAAAUUACCUUCUGAUCUCCAUUUUUUCAAGGAGAUCACUUUGACAACAUCAGACUCUGGGAAAAAGAAUGCAGUCAUAAUGGGGAGGAAAACAUGGGAAAGUAUACCCCAUGAGCAUCGACCUCUGCCCAGUCGUCUUAAUGUUGUCCUGACUCGCUCUGGAAGUUUUGAUAUUGCUACAGCUGAGAAUGUUGUAAUAUGUGGAAGCAUGACUUCUGCUUUGCAACUGCUUGCUGCAUCUCCUUAUUGUCUAUCAAUUGAGAAAGUUUUUGUCAUAGGGGGUGGACAGAUAUUUAGGGAAGCUCUCAAUGCACCUGAAUGUGAUGCUAUCCACUUUACAGAAAUUGAGACAAGUAUAGAGUGUGACACUUUUAUGCAUGCAAUUGAUUCCUCUGUAUUCCAGCCAUGGUACUCAUCUUUUCCUGUGGUAGAAAACAAUAUUCGGUUUUGCUUCACAACUUAUGUUCGUGUUCGGAAUUCUGUGGUUGAAUCCAUCAAUGAGAAUGAUGAUCAGAUCUUUGAUAAGAGACCAGAUACUGACAAGUUUGAGGUGAAGAAGUUCUCUUUCCUGCCCAAAAUGGUUUUUCAGAGACAUGAGGAGUAUUUGUAUCUUAGAAUGGUUGAAGACAUCAUUGACAAUGGCACUCUGAAGGAUGACAGGACAGGGACUGGUACUUUAUCAAAGUUUGGUUGCCAGACACGGUUCAAUUUGCGAAAAACUUUUCCACUUCUCACAACAAAGAAAGUAUUUUGGCAAGGUGUUGUUGAGGAGCUUCUUUGGUUCAUCAGUGGUUCAACAAGCGCUAAGGUUCUUCAGGAAAAGGGCAUCCAUAUAUGGGAUGGUAAUGCAUCCAGAGAGUAUCUUGAUAGUAUUGGGUUGACUGAGAGGGAGGAGGGUGACCUGGGACCUGUUUAUGGGUUCCAGUGGAGACAUUUCGGGGCUAGGUAUACUGACAUGCAUGCUGACUACACUGGCCAAGGUUUUGAUCAGUUGCUAGAUGUUAUUGAUAAGAUUAAGAAUAACCCAGAUGACAGAAGGAUUAUACUCUCAGCCUGGAAUCCUUCUGAUCUAAAUUUGAUGGCACUCCCACCUUGCCACAUGUUUGCACAGUUCUACGUGGCCAAUGGAGAGUUGUCAUGUCAGAUGUAUCAGCGCUCUGCAGAUAUGGGCCUGGGUGUUCCAUUCAACAUAGCAUCCUAUGCUCUUCUGACAAAUAUGAUUGCUCAUGUUUGUGAUCUUUCUCCAGGAGACUUUAUCCAUGUUAUGGGGGAUACUCAUGUUUAUCGCACUCAUGUCAGGCCCUUGCAGGAGCAGCUUCAGAAGCUACCAAAGCCUUUUCCAAUUUUGAAGAUAAAUCCAGAGAAAAAGAAUAUAGAUUCUUUUGUGGCAUCUGAUUUCAAACUCAUAGGUUAUGAUCCUCACCAGAAAAUAGAGAUGAAAAUGGCUGUAUAGAACUCUGUAGUGUGUUCAGUAAACUUUAGAGGCUCCAGUUCAACUGAGGCAGUAUUUUUUCAGUUUGAAGGCCCAGCUACUGGCUGCUUCUGCAAUUGUAGAGUCCUAUCACAAAUUGCAAAAAUAAAAACUUGCUAGUUGAUAAUACACUCCAAGCUUUUAUGUGUAGUGAGCAAGAAUCAUUUAGUUUCACAUGGUUUUGGUGGUUCUAAGGUGAUUUAGUAAAAUACUUUUUUGGACCUCUAUAUUGAUAGGAAUGGUAUUGUAUUCUGUGCAUGACCCCCAGUUCUUUCAAUGGGGAGUCUUGCUUGCUUGGGAUUGGUUCCAAACUCAUGUUUGAAAGAUUGUCAGGUGUUUCUGAAUGAAUGUCGACCAUGACA